CUCUCUGGUCGGCGCGGCAACGUGCGCGCGCACGCGCGGGAGGGGGGAAGACGGAAGCGGAAGUUGGGGGCGCGCCACCUUGGAGGGAGGGAGCGCCCGUGGCGUCGGGUCCGGGUCCGAGGUGGCCAUGGGGCGAGGCAGUGGUACCUUCGAGCGUCUCCUAGACAAAGCAACCAGCCAGCUUCUGCUGGAGACAGACUGGGAGUCCAUCCUGCAGAUCUGCGACCUGAUCCGCCAGGGGGACACGCAAGCAAAAUAUGCUGUGAAUUCUAUCAAGAAGAAAGUCAAUGACAAGAACCCGCAUGUAGCCUUGUAUGCCUUGGAGGUCAUGGAGUCUGUGGUGAAGAACUGUGGCCAGACGGUCCAUGACGAGGUGGCCAACAAACAGACCAUGGAGGAGCUGAAGGACCUGCUGAAGAGACAAGUGGAAGUAAAUGUCCGGAACAAGAUCCUGUACCUGAUCCAGGCCUGGGCUCAUGCCUUCCGGAACGAGCCCAAGUACAAGGUGGUCCAGGACACCUACCAGAUCAUGAAGGUGGAGGGACACGUCUUUCCGGAGUUCAAGGAAAGUGACGCCAUGUUUGCUGCCGAGAGAGCCCCUGACUGGGUGGACGCCGAGGAAUGCCACCGCUGCAGGGUGCAGUUUGGGGUGGUGACCCGCAAGCAUCACUGCCGGGCGUGUGGGCAGAUCUUCUGCGGGAAGUGCUCCUCCAAGUACUCCACCAUCCCCAAGUUCGGCAUCGAGAAGGAGGUGCGCGUGUGCGAGCCCUGCUACGAGCAGCUGAACAAGAAAGCGGAAGGGAAGGCCACCUCUACCAGUGAGCUGCCCCCGGAGUACCUGACCAGCCCCCUGUCUCAGCAGUCCCAGCUGCCCCCCAAGAGGGAUGAGACGGCUCUGCAGGAGGAGGAGGAGCUGCAGCUGGCCCUGGCCUUGUCGCAGUCAGAGGCUGAGGAGAAGGAGAGGCUGAGACAGAAGUCGACGUACCCUGUGUACCCCAAGGCAGACCCCACGCCCACAGCCUCAUCAGCGCCGCCCGCCAGCAGCCUGUACUCGUCCCCUGUGAACUCGUCAGCACCUCUGGCUGAGGACAUCGACCCCGAGGUAAGGGCCCCAGUGUGUGGUGCUGUCCUCUUGCUGCCUGUGGCCUUGGGAGUGACCCUACUUGUUGCUGUGCAGCUCGCGAGGUACCUGAACCGCAACUACUGGGAGAAGAAGCAGGAGGAGGCUCGGAAGAGCCCCACACCAUCUGCGCCUGUGCCCCUGACAGACCCGGCUGCCCAGCCCUCGGAGGGGCACGCAGCCCCCACCAGCCUGGCAGAGAUGCCCCUUCCGGAGGCCGACUCUCAGCCUGUGGCUCCCCCCGGGGGCCCCUUCGGUGAGCAGCAGUACCAGAACGGAGAGUCGGAGGAGAGCCACGAGCAGUUCCUGAAGGCUCUGCAGAACGCCGUCACCACCUUUGUGAACCGCAUGAAGAGCAACCACAUGCGGGGACGCAGUAUCACCAACGACUCGGCCGUGCUCUCGCUGUUCCAGUCCAUCAACGGCAUGCACCCGCAGCUGCUGGAGCUGCUCAACCAGCUGGACGAGCGCAGGCUGCACUAUGAGGGUCUGCAGGACAAGCUGGCACAGAUCCGAGACGCCCGGGGGGCGCUGAGCGCUCUGCGCGAAGAGCACCGGGAGAAGCUCCGCCGUGCAGCCGAGGAGGCGGAGCGCCAGCGCCAGAUCCAGCUGGCCCAGAAGCUGGAGAUCAUGCGACAGAAGAAGCAGGAGUACCUGGAGGUGCAGAGGCAGCUGGCCAUCCAGCGCCUGCAGGAGCAGGAGAAGGAGCGGCAGCUGCGGCUGGAGCAGCACAAGCAGACCGUGCAGAUGCGUGCCCAGAUGCCUGCCUUCCCCCUGCCCUACGCCCAGCUCCAGGCCAUGCCUGCAGCCGGGGGUGUGCUCUACCAGCCCUCUGGCCCCACCAGCUUCCCCGGCACCUUCAGCCCGGCCGGCUCGGUGGAGGGUUCCCCCAUGCACGGCGUGUACAUGAGCCAGCCCACCCCUGCCACUGGCGCCUACCCCAGCAUGCCCACUACCGCAGCAGAUCCCAGCAUGGUGAGUGCCUACAUGUACCCAGCAGGGGCUGCUGGGGCGCAGGCAGCCCCCCAGGCCCAGGCCGGGCCCACCGCCAGCCCUGCCUACUCAUCCUACCAGCCCACUCCCACACCGGGCUACCAGAACGUGGCCUCCCAGGCCCCACAGAGCCUCCCAGCCAUCUCUCAGCCUCCGCAGUCUGGCACCAUGGGCUACAUGGGGAGCCAGUCGGUCUCCAUGGGCUACCAGCCUUACAACAUGCAGAAUCUCAUGACCACCCUCCCGAGCCAGGAUGCACCCCUGCCGCCCCCUCAGCCCUACGUCCCAGGGCAGCAGCCCGUGUAUCAGCAGAUGGCGCCCCCCGGCAGCACCCCCCAGCAGCAGCCCCCUGUGGCCCAGCAGCCGUCUGUGCAGGGACCAGUGGCGCAGAGCAGCGAGGCCCAGCUCAUCUCAUUCGACUGACCCAGGCUGGGAGCCCACGUCCAGAGUAACACUAGGUCCACCCAAACCGCCUCCGUCUCUAACUAGCCGUCGUUCCCACCCCCUCUACCGCCCAUAGCGUCCCUUCCCUGCAGGGGAGGGUGGGCCUCACCCUGAACCUCCUGCCUUUCUGUCCUCAGCCUGUUGCCGUCCCAGAGUUGGUGUCUGACUUCUUUCCCCAGGGCUGGGCCUCGGGGAGGGAAGGUGGGAGAAAAGGACCACCUCCAAGGGCGAGCUCCCAGCCGGUGUGUCAGGGUCUGCGAGGGGUGGCUGGAGUGGGACCCACUGCCCCAGCGCAGCCCGGGCUCUGGCCCCACUGCCAGCUGCCGUGCGGUGUCAGGCGCGGCCUCGGGCUUCUCCUGGCCCCUCCACAGCCAAGCGGGGAGGCCCCAGGCGUCUCUAGCUUCUCUGCUGUCAUCUCCUCCAGCGCCCCAGAACGGAACCGUGAUAAUAAAAAGGAUU